AUGGAGUCACAACUCAUAGUCUUAACCGUUUUAUUUAUUUUAUCAUGUUUCGGUCCCACCGGAUCGAUUAUUGUAAAGGAUGAUGUUUACUACACUGCACCACAGCAACCACAAUAUGUAACCUACGCGCAUCAAAGACCACUUCGUUUAAAAGAAAAAGAAGAACAACAGGAUUUUAGUAAAAUACCUGGAGUGCCAGGAGUUGAUUAUCCUGUUUAUCAUUCAGUUCCUCAUACCAAUUUUGAUUGCAGAAGUGUACCAGCAGUUCCAGGAAUGUAUGCUAAUGUAGAAACUGGAUGUCAGGCUUAUCACGUUUGUCACGAUGGAAGAGAAGGACAUCAAGGUGCAUCUUUCCUUUGUACAAACGGUACCAUUUUCAAUCAAAAAGAAUUUGCUUGUGAUUGGUGGUAUAAUGUUAACUGUCAAGAAGCUCCACAUUUCUACAGCCUGAAUUUGGAUCCAACGAAAAACCCAUAUGUACCAAAAGUCAAACCAGAAGAAGCACUUCCUCAUCACCAUCUCAUCUACAAAAAACGUUAA